CUUUCUAAAAAGACCUGGGGUUGAUUGCAUCAUUUUUAACCACUUCAUUGACCAACAAUACGCGAGCUCAACUUCUCAAAUUGCCAGUCGAUUGCCUUCCCCGGUCUCUUUUUAAACGAAGAAUACCCUGAGCAUCCUAUCAACUUAAGUCUAAUGCCAUUGUGACCACCAAUCGUCUUACAAAAGCUGAAACUCGGGCCUCGGCUCCGUGGAGCUGUGAUUUGAAUCCUUUCUUACGUGAUUGGCAUUGGUUCUUCUGCAUUUUGAUUCCACAAUUUCCAUAAUAGCAUACAAUUCUGGGGCAAGAUGGAGACUGGGACCGAACCGCUUGUUGCGCACCUCAAGAACGUCCUGCUUGAGCUUGCAGCCAACCCGUACCCCGAGGUCGCGUGCCCUCCCAAUGUCCCUCGAAGAGCUUCCGUAGCUGUCAUCCUUCGCAUCCAACCCAAUUAUGCUCACUGGCCCGCUGUGCAUUCAAAGCAGCUCCAUACUCCACAUGCACAUCACGCACAGCAGCGGCGAAGAUCCUCGGUAGCGUCCAAUUCCGGUCAGAAGCUGUCGUUCAAAGAUAUCCUCGAUGCAUUCUUCGAACAGGAUUGGGUGAAGCAUGGCGACCCGGAGAUGCUCUUCAUCAAGCGUGCUACACGAAUAGGAGACAAAUGGAACGGUCACGUUGCGCUUCCGGGAGGGAAGAGGGACCCGGAAGAUGCAGACGACCAGGUCACUGCAAUGCGAGAAGCUAUGGAAGAGGUUGGCAUAGAUUUGUCGUUCUCCCACGCAAUAGCGGUCGGAAACUUGCCACAGCGUGUGGUGACGACUUCUUGGGGGAAAGUGCCAUUGAUGGUGCUAUGUCCCUAUGUAUACCUCCUCACCUCGUCCGACUACCCACCGCAACGUCUCCAACCCACCGAAGUAGCUUCCACCCAUUGGGUCUCGCUCCGCGCCCUCCUGUCCCCUGCCCUCCGCACCCACGAGUACGCCGACGUAUCGAACCGCCUGGCCAAGUCUGAACUAGGCAUCAAGCGGUGGUUCCUGCAAGCAAUGCUGAGCAAAAUGAUGUUCGCAGCCAUACGCCUCGUCCCAUCAGAAAGCACGUAUUGCAGUUCCAUUCCGGGGUUCGUGCCGGAGGGUCCAGCACCGAACAGUUCGUUAACAGGGAAGCUGAAGGAAGUGCUGGUCGGGCCGGAGGCGGGCUAUGAAGCUCGCCCGCCACCACUACUGCUGUGGGGGUUGACGUUGGGGGUCAUUUCGGAUUUCCUGGAGCACAUACCGCCGCACAAUGCCCUAGAGCUAUGGACUUACCCGACGUUUACGAAUUGGGACGUGCGGUUCAUAAUGUGGGCUAUGUCUUACAGGUUCAGGAAACAGAAGGCGAUUGAGAUGGGUACGGUUGAUACAGGUGCUACUGAAGAGACCAAUGAGUCUGAGAUUGCAGAGGACAGAGAAGAUAAAUCCACGGAGAAAGUCGAAGAGGUUGAAGAACCGGGAGAAGUGGGAAUAGCUGGUCUAGGAGUAGGCCGCAAUUGGGGCAGGACGGGGAGGGCUAAAAUGAUUGCAAGAGGAGCAGCUGUGAAUUCGAUGUUGGAAGGAUACUAUCCCAUUGUCCGCAAGGCUGUGGCUACGGCUUUGGUCGGAAGGCUAGCGGUCGCGUCGCUUGUGGCAGUCUAUGUGUGGAGAAGAUACAGCAGGAACUAGGAAUCACUUCUAUACCUAUAGUGUCUAUUCAAGAGUGUAAUGUCGCCAGUACACAGACUUAACUGCUCGUUAUAUAACCUCGCGAAGGCACUAUUGUGGGCAUGAAAUACCACUCGUAGCAGGGGGCCAGUCCGACGUGCGACGUGCCAACCCUCUGUACAAUGUGAAUAGCAUGUAUGACGUAUUAGUAGCAUAUGG